UUUGGGGACAAAAGAGCUCCUUAUCCAAAAGAAAACCAGUAAUACUGCUUCUUCAGCCAUUAGCUAGCUAAAGAUUCUUCUUCAAUGGCGACAAUACCACCCUCCUCUCUCCAGCUCCCAAACCCAUUCCCACUCUCAUCCACCGCACCCAAAUUCCACGCGCCGCCCAAACCCUUCCUCUCCUUCACCACCACCACCACCAGAGCCACCGAUCCAGACUCCUCCGAGCCCUCCGGGUCCGAAUCCACCGACGCCUUCGAGGAACGCCUCAACCAGGUCCGGAUCCGCUACCGCUCCGGCACCGGCAAGAAGGCGGAGCUCCGAAAGACCCGCAAGAAAGGCGGCUCCUCCUCCUCUGGUUCGUCCGGUUCGGUUUUCCUGCCUCCGGUUCCGCUGAAGGAGCCGGUCUCGGGAGGCCUGAAAGUCGACUUCGGAUUCGGCCCGUACAGCGAGCGGGUUAACGGGUGGGUCGCGAUUGUGGGGCUUUCGGCGCUGAUUUCGGUGGAGAGCGUGAUAAACUACCACACGCCGGCGAUCGUUUUCAUUCAGGUGUAUUUUGUGGCGGCCGUGACGGCGUUGUACGUGAAAUAUGAGAAGGAGAAGGUCAGUGUUUGGCCUCAGUCUUCACCCAAAGAAUGACGUCAAGUUAUUUUUGUUGGUAAUUUUCUUUUCUUUUAAAAAAAAAUUUAUAUUGGGAUAAUUGGGUUUUUUUUUCGUUCACAACUGUAUCUUCAA